GCACGUAGCGAGGGCGAUCCGGUGCCGUAAGGCGAGGCGAAAGGAAGGUCGUGGAGGGUGCCCGCCAAAGGAGGACCAAGGGUUGUCGCCAAGGGGGGACGCCGGACCGAGUCGCCGGCGAACUUAGGCAGCGGCAAGCCCAGACGGAAGACAUGAGCAAGCGAGGCCGCACUACUGGUCUGGUGGCACGAACCACCGUGGUGGACUCUGCAUUGCUUGAGUUCACAGUAAACUACGAGCAAACCAAGCACUUAGCCAUCGGCAAGUCCGUCCACUCCGACUACAUCUCCGCCGGUGGGCACGACUGGAAGAUACAUUGCUACCCGCGUGGGUGGGUGAAGGCCAACAAUGGCAAGUAUCUCUCUAUCUACCUCUACUGCAGGGAACCCGUAACUACUGUCAGGGCCAUAUUCAAGGCCAAUGUGAUGGGCAGGCAUGGCAAACCAUCUCCGAUAGCAGCAACGUCAUCAGUUUUUGUGUAUAGUAGCAAGGACGAGAUACUAUGGCAUGGGUGGUCUAGGUUCGUCAAGCGAGUAGAUUUGGAGGCAAAAUGUGUGAUUGAAGGCCGAGUCACAUUCCUCUGCCACAUCUUGGUUAUGCGUGACGACCCAAUCCCCGUGCCACCCCCAAAAAUAGGAAGUCAUCUUAACAGCCUAAUCAAUGGAAUGGACAUGGACGGGACAGAUGUGUCAUUCACCACCAAUGGUGAGACAUUCCAUGCGCAUCGAGCAGUGCUUGCUGCCCGUUCUCCGGUUUUCAGAGCCAAGUUCUUCGGCCCGGAGGCUGGGGCCACAUCUUCAAACAUCGUCUUGGACGACAUCGAGCCCGCGACGUUCAAAGUUUUGCUUAAGUUCAUGUACACCGAUGCCUUGCCUGGAGAUGACAGGGUUGGGCGCUCUCCACCGAUUGAGACGUUUCAUCAUCUGCUUGCCGCGGCGGACAAGUACGCACUGCAUAGGUUGAAGCUUAUCUGCGCCCGAAAGUUAGGGGAGAAUGUGUCACUAGAUUCCAUUGCAACUACUCUAGAUUUGGCAGAGACGAACAGCUGCCUGGAGUUGAAGACAAAGUGCAUUGACUUAUUAGCAGCUGACAAAGAUUUCAACAAGGUUGUGUUAACUGAAAGUUUUGUGCUCUUGGGCCAAAAAUUUCCGGCGCUUAUUGCUGAGUUGAGAGAGAGGGUUGAGGCAUAACAUGGAGAAUUUUUCAUGCCUAGACAUCGAAGUACUUGUA